CGCCGCCCAGCCGGAGGCGGCGCGCGCUGCCGUCUCGCUUAGCCUCUCCAGCGAGCUCUGCCUGCCACUGGCUGAUCUGCGUCAGAAGCUGGGCGGAGAGUUCAACAAGGAGUGGCGCGGCGUGUGGGUGCUGAUGGUGCAUCUGUGGACGACGCUGCUUCGCUCGCAGAAGCACUUUUUCGUGGCGGACGCCCUGGACUUCGCGGCGGGUGCACUGCGGCGCCCUGUGCGCGGCCGUCUCCCAGCUGCGGACCAGUCUGCAGCCGGCCGACCUGGAGGAAACGGAGGCGGUGCUCAGUUUCCUGGCGACGCUGAUGGACUUCAGCCGGCAGUGGAGGCAGCGGCACCGGCAGUCGUUCGACACGCUCCUGGCCUGGCUGAAGGGGUGCGUGGGCAUCUGUUUCUGGUACGUCUGCCGGCCGACGGUGGUGGCCGUGCUGCUGGAGCGGCCGCACACGCUGGCCGGCAGCGAGCAGCUGAAACGCGUCCGCCGCCUGAGCAGCACCGACCCGGACCCGGAGCGGGCGCCGCCCCAGGUCACACGCGUACAGAACAGGCUGGUGCGGCUCUCGUCGGUGUGUCUGGUGGCGCUGCACGCCCUGUCGCCGCCGCUGCCGGAGCUGCUGACGCAGGACGGCCGCGACCUGAGCGGCUGGCAGCGACUGGUGAGCGCCGGCUUCGGCUCGCCCACACUGGACAAGCCUGGCCCGCCGCCGCUAACGUACGGCACCCUGCUGGCCGCCGUCAACGUCUGCGUCCGGCCCUUCACCCGGGCCGAGCCGGCGCGCCGCUCCUCCGGCACCGGUAGCCACGAGCCGCUGCUGGAGCUGCGCGCGGCGCUGCUGACCGGGCUGCACCAGACACUAACGCUGGUGCUGGAGCAGGCCGUGCUGCACCGGCUGCUGCCGCCGGCCGACGCCGACGACCAGCCGCUGAGCUGGGACCAGCUGCGCGAAGAGCUGAAGCCGUUCCUGGACAGCGUGCGGCGGCAGCAGCAGGGCCGGAGCUCGCCCCACCCGCAGGAGGGCGGGCCGCCGGCCGACCAGGCUCUCCUCCCGCUGCUCGACCGUCUGGUCAACGCCGUGCUGAAGUGACCCGCCGCUGUCGACCCACGGGCCUGGCCAUCGUUGAUGCUUUCAUUUGAUAAUACAUCGUUCGAGAA